AUGAGAUCAGCCCUACCGGAUGUAUCGCUCAUGAUCAACCAAAAAAUAAAAGUUAACCUGCCGCUAAACAGACACUUCAUCGGUACACUCAAAUCAACCGAUGCUUUUCUUAAUUUAAACAUGACAGAUGUUGUGGAUGAAACAAAUAUGGAAUAUAGCAAUGUGAUAGUGAAAGGGAAUUGUGUGGAAAGUGUGUAUUUGUUUAAGUAGUAAACAUUUUAGUAGUUAAAAGGACA